AUGGCAGUGGUGGAGGCCGCCUCCCUGGCUCACCGUCUCCUCCCUAUCCUCCUCCUCCUACUACUCGUUGCCACCGAUGAUGCCGCCGUAUUCAGCAUCAUCAACAAUUGCAGCUACACCGUGUGGCCAGCCGCCACGCCAGUCGGCGGUGGCUCAGAGCUCAAAUCUGGGGGCAUGUGGAUCCUCAAUGUGCCGGCCGGCACCACAAGCAGGCGCAUCUGGGGGCGCACAGGCUGCAAGUUCAACAGUAGCGGCUAUGGGGCAUGUGAAACGGCUGACUGUGCUGGUGCGCUUUCAUGCUCGUUGAGCCCCAAACCGCCCGCUGCACUUGCAGAGUUCUCACUCGGUGGCCCAACAGAUUUCUUUGAUUUAACCAUGAUCGAUGGCUUCAACUUGCCUAUGGCCCUCCUGCCGGCCAAGGAAGGGCCAGAAUGCAGCAUGGUGCUACGCUGUGAGGGAAACAGCAAGUCACAGUGCCCAGACGCGUUCAAGGUGCCUACUGACAAUAACAAAACUCAUGCCUGCCCAGGGAACACCGACUACGAGGUUGUCUUCUGUCCCCCAAGUGAUCUAAAACCCAUGCCUGCAACUGUAAGUCCUCAACCUCCACCCACAAUCCAGAUAACACCUUCACCAUCAAGCCCUGUGGUUUCACCUUCUGGGGCAACAAGGACGAGAUCAUCCUCAGGAAGCCGAGUAGUUGUUAUUCUAGCUACUAUAAGCAGCUUUAUCUUUCUAAUAUUAUGCGUUGCUGUUUUCUUCAUGUGCAAACGAAGAGCACGACACCGGGAGAUGGAGCAAGUGGAAGAUUACAGGGACCUACAAGGAACACCAGUGAGGUUCACAUUUCAACAGUUAAAAGUAGCAACUGAGGAUUUCAACGACAAACUAGGGGAAGGAGGAUUUGGGACUGUUUUCAUGGGACGGUUUGGUGAGGACAUAAUUGCAGUGAAACGUUUGGAUCGAACUGGUCAAGGAAAGAGAGAAUUUUCGGCAGAAGUGCAGACAAUCGGCAGAAUUCACCAUAUUAAUCUGGUUAGGCUGAUUGGUUUCUGUGCAGAGAAAUCACAUAGGCUCUUGGUUUAUGAGUUCAUGCCCAAAGGAUCCUUGGAUAGGUGGAUCUAUUGCCGGCAUAGGAAUAACACUCUUCCUCUGGAUUGGAGAACGCGAUGCAAGAUUAUUACUCACAUAGCUAAGGCCCUCUGUUAUCUUCAUGAGGAGUGCAUGAUGAGAAUUGCUCACUUGGAUGUCAAACCACAAAAUAUCCUGCUAGAUGACAACUUCAAUGCUAAACUCUCUGACUUUGGACUAUGCAAGCUCAUUGAUAGGGAUAAGAGCCAAGUGAUGACCAGAAUGAGAGGUACACCUGGGUAUUUAGCUCCAGAAUGGUUGACGUCACAAAUCACAGAGAAGGCUGAUAUAUAUAGUUUUGGCGUCGUGAUAAUGGAAAUCAUCAGUGGAAGGAAGAACCUUGACACUUCCCGAUCUGAAGAGAGCGUACAUCUCAUUACCUUAUUGGAAGAAAAGGUGAAGAAUGGUCAGUUAGCAGAUUUGAUGGAUGAGCACAAUAAUGAUAUGCAAGUACACAAGCAAGAAGUAAUACAAAUGAUGAAGCUCGCAAUGUGGUGUUUACAAAUUGAUAGCAAAAGAAGGCCUCAAAUGUCCGAUGUUGUCAAGGUCUUGGAGGGUACCAUGAAUGUGGAAACCAACAUAGAUCAUAACUUUGUUGCAACAAGUCAAACAAUCUAUGGUGUUGCUGGAAAUGUGAGCUUCUCAGCUCCACCUCUUGCCUCUGAUGUAUCAGCCCCAAGGUGA